AAUUAUAUGCAGUAAUUCGUGCAUUAGAAACAUGUCAAGAUCAAACCAAAGUGAUUGAGAUUAAAUCAGAUAGCCGUUUUGUUGUUAAUUCUCUUGAAACAUGGAUUCAUAAAUGGAAAAAAAAUGGAUGGAAAACAGUUAAAAAUCAGGACGUAAAAAACAGAGAUCUAUUCGAAAAGAUCGAUUUUUUAUUAACUAAAAGACCUGGAGAUGUAUAUUUUUCGUAUGUUUUUGGACAUAAAGGUAUACCUUUAAAUGAAUUAGCUGACAAAUUAGCUAAACAAGGAGCUGCAAUCAAAAUGAACGAGAGUAAAAAAUUAUCUCCAUAUAAUGCUUUUAUGAAAGCGAAUCUACCCAUUGUUAAAAAAAAUAAUCCAGAUUUAGAACAUAAAGAUGCGUUUAAAUUAGUCGUAUCAAUGUGGAAUGAAACAAAAAAAGAACACAAAUA